GGAAGAGUUCAGCUGUCUUAUCUUACUUGACUUCAUUGUUAGCUAUAUACCCAGAAGCGAUGUUUACUCAACUGUUGUAGUAACGACAAAACAUUCACAUGGAGUCUCUAGAUUUGAAGCGUGAUCGGUUUGCUAGAGGACGAUGUGCAGGCUUGAUUUGCAGCGCUUUGGUGGUGAUAUUGGCAAUUGUUAUUUUCUUGUUUAUUUACAUCAUUUUCCCAAAUAAAGAAACAUUUGCCCCGAUAAAAGGCUCAUACGACUACGUGAUAGUUGGGGCAGGAACAGCUGGGUGCGUCCUCGCCAACAGACUUUCAGAAGACCCCCAGUCAUCCAUACUGAUCGUCGAAGCAGGAAAUUCUGCUGAUGAUGAUAAACUGGUGCAAAUACCACUAGCAGUUAUGUUCGCGAAUACAAGCAAAUAUGACUGGAAAUUCAUCACUGUUCCCCAGAAGAAUUCUUUCUUAGGAUCAAGAGACAAAAGAGGUACUGUGUCCAGUGGUCGAGUGCUAGGGGGCUCAGGUUCUAUAAACUACAUGCAUCACAUACGGGGUAGCCGCCAUGACUUCGAUGCCUGGGAAAAGGAAGGUGCAACAGGAUGGAGUUAUAAGGAUGUAUUGCCGUAUUUCAUUAAAUCUGAGGAUGUUCAAAUACCAGAAUUAAAAGGCUCACCCUACCGCGGUGUAGGCGGGCUCUUGACUGUCAGUUCGGGGACUGCAACAGCAAUGGCUGACGUUUACCGACGAGGAUAUGAGGAGUUGGGAUAUUCCAAGGUGGACUGUAAUGGAGAAUCACAAAUAGGAUUCUGCCAUGGACAAGAAACGACCAGAAAUGGAGAGAGAUGGAGCACUGCCAAAGCGUUCUUAGAGCCUGUAGCGGACCGCCCAAACCUUCACGUGUCAAAUAAUACAUAUAUCACCAAGAUUUUGGUAGAUAAAAACAAGGCUGUUGGAGUUGAAGUUAUACGAGAUCAAACAACAUACCGGAUGAUGGCACGAAAGGAAGUUAUUCUGUCUGCCGGAGGUAUCAAAAGUCCUCAAAUUCUAAUGAUGUCUGGCAUCGGACCACAAGCGCAUCUGCAAUCAAAAGGAAUAAAUGUUGUGAAAGAUUUGCCUGUAGGACAAAACUUGGAAAACCAUGUUAUGGUACCGAUUUCUUUCAAAGAUAACAGCUCGUCGGCGUAUAACUGCUCUGAAUUUGAUGAUCAUCUAAAGCAAUACAUUGCUAAUAAAUCAGGGCCUUUCAGUAAAACUCAUUUGGAGGCAGGUGCAUUUCUAGCAGACAAGGAUAACCUACCCCCGUUCACUCAAAUAAUAUUUCAUAGUCUCAGUUCUUUUCCUUUCUUUCUGAAAGCCUUUCCAAAAAUUUUUGAAGAGAACAAAGAGACAGAGGACACAAUGAAGCAAUCUUGCAGUGAAGCCAUGAACAACACUGGGAAUUCCUUUAUGUCAUUCGUUGUGCUUCUACAUCCAAAGAGUCGGGGAACAAUUCAACUGCAGAGUAGUGAUCCCUUAGAUUCGCCUCUCAUAGACCCUAACUACUUGGAUCACCCUGAUGACCUUAAGGCUCUAUUGAAAGGAAUAAACCACGUUCUUAAACUGGCAGAGACAAAAGCAUUCCAAACCAUUGGUGCCUCGCCAUUAGACCCUAAUCAGGAGCAUCUUCCUGCCUGUCAAGAACUGCCUUAUCCCUCAGAGGAGUACUGGGUCUGUAGAAUUAAGAAUUAUACGCAAACAAUGUUUCAUCCAACAUCCACUUGCAAAAUGGGGGCGUCAGACGACCCCACAGCAGUUGUUGAUCCUCAGCUUAGAGUAAAGGGGAUAGAGAAUUUAAGAGUGGUUGACGCUUCCGUCAUGCGCUCUGCUCCUUCCGGAACAACAAACGCUCCAACGAUCAUGAUCGCUGAGAAGGCAGCCGACAUGAUUCUAGGAAAGGAUACUGUUAAACAUAUUCGAAAAGUGACAGAUAAAUUCUUUGUUUAAAAAAUAAAAGUUUAAUUGUUUUACUAAAAACAAUUAAAGAAUUUAUUGCAAUUUACCUAGUGAAAUUUUUAUUUCAGAUCAAUUGCAAGAUGUCAAUUAUGUUAUGAAAAAUAAGAAAAUAGCGAACGCUAUGAAACUUGAUAUUGUAUUUUAUUGUGAUUACUUAUGCAAUAUCAUUAUUGAAACCUUUGAUGUAAAUGGCUUUAUUUUGAUUUAAAGAUUUGUAAUUCUAUCAAAACUGGUGAUUAACCAAUAACUUACAAAACUGUGAAAAUGUAUUGAACAAGUUAAAAAUUGACAGUGAAUAAAACUGCAAAAAUUACUGCGAAACUUUAGACAAGAAAAACGAAAGUGAAAUAUUGUUGUUAAAUAAUAUGUUUUAUGGCCUCAUUGUAUCGUAACUAUCUAUUUUUUAUCACAGAAUCAAUUUUUAGAAUCUGGUUUUUAACCCGAGGGUCCAUUAUAUUUAUUUUUAGAGUAUUUGUGCUUGUAUCUUGUUAUCAACCAAUUAAAUUGCAGGACUGUUAUUACGUGAAAGUCACUUUUGUUAUUAACCUGGACGUAUGUAUGUAAACAGAGAGAUUAUUAACUCAACUCUCAAUUUUACAAAAAUAUUGACGGUUACUUUAUACGAAACUGUCCCUUGCUCCCAUAAAUGCGCUUUUAUCAUACGGGUCAUGUUGUGCCUUUAUAAUGACUGCAUGCUACUUCAUUGUUUUCAGACACGUGUCAUCAAUAUAGUUUAACUAGUUUUUUAAACAGAAUUAUAUUACACGUACAGUGCAGUUGACAAUGAUUUACAAUUGAAAGGGGGGACUAUAUUUGCAAAUUUGUGCUAUUUUCUAGCAAGAUGUUACAUGCGUGGCGUUACAUAAUAGGGACGAAACUUUACGGAUGAGUUCAUAGUUGGUUCAUAUCGUCUGUCAUUGUUAAAUGGCCUAUAUUAUGAACGAGUUCAGCUAUAUACCGAGAAGCGAUGUUUCUUCAAC